AUGAGAGGAGGCUUCAGCCUCCCCCACCUGGACGCUACCCACGACGCUUGCUGCCGCCUGCCAGUGCCGCCUGUGCGGCUGCUGCCGUGCUGGUGCGCCGUGCACCGGUGCAGCGCUGGCGCUGCCCUGCCGCCGCCGCGGUGGUGCUGCUGCGGGCCUGCGACGCUGCUUGCCAAUCGCCAUUCGCCACUGUGCGUUUGUCGCGUUUGUGUGGUGAACUGGUGCGUCCGCGUCGGUGUCGUGCAGGACUGCAGGUGGCCAGGUGCUGAGGUGCAGAAAUUGGUUGAGACUGAAAAACAUUUGGUGUUCCCAUUGGUUUAUCGUAUGAUAGAGUUGGCAUUAGUUUUACCAGUUGCAACUGCUUCGGUUGAACGAGUUUUUUCUGCAAUGAAGACUGUGAAGACUGAUUUAUGCAAUAGAAUGGGAGAUGAAUGGAUGAAUGACAGUCUAGUUGUAUACAUUGAAAAGGACAUUUUUUCUACAAUUGAAAAUGAGCAAAUAUUACAACAUUUUCAACAAAUGCAAUCUCCUCACCGGGCCGCACCCCACCCAAAUCGGCACCUUCCCGGUGCGAAUACCGCCCACCUUGAGCCCCAUCCUCGUCCUCAGACUCACCCCGAGCCUCACCUCCUUGCUCUUGUACCCGUCUCUGAUCCUUCCCCCGGCAACCUCGUCCACCGCCACCGCCUCGGCCGCCGCCUCGAAGCGCACCACCGUCCGAUUCCUCCUACCCUGCUCGAACCCCGCAACCGCCGCCACCCCGACGUCGACGUCCCCGUCUUCGUCCGUCACCGUCACCCGCGCCUCCCCGUCGCAGUACUCGACCGCAAUCUUCCGAUUCGGGUUCACGAAGAGGAUACCCACGGCGGCGGCCGCGUCCAGGAAGGUUCCGUCGGACUGGUCGGCGACUCGGAGGCGAGUGGCGUUGAGCGAUUGGAGGCGGAAGGAGGGGAGCCGCGGCUGGAACCAGAGAUAGGCGAGCCCCGCGGCGACCGCGACGAGCGCGGCCGCGAGGAGGGCCGUCAAAGCGACCCAGCAACAAAGGCGGCGGCAGCGGCAGCAGGAGCUGUGACGGCGAGGCGCCGGCUUCCCAGGCUGGCGGAAAGACGGGGGCAGCGGCCGCCGCCGGGGAGGCGGCUUCGGAGCCGCCGAUGGCGGCGCCGUCGGGUCGCGGUAGCCGGGCGGCUUCUGCAGCUCCGGCUUCAAGGUAAGCCAAUUUGGCAAAUAUUUCUCAAUUUCCUCUACAGAAGAAACUAUUGGGCUGUUGUGUCUGUUUCUGAUAGUGAAGACCACUCCAUUCAAGGUAUAUUAAUGCCGUUUACGCCCAAUCAUGCUUUGCUUGCUAUCAAGAAAAAUAAUUUGUUGAACCCAGGCCAAUUAAUUGUGAAAAAGACUAAAAGAAUAAUUGAAAUGAGAGAGAGUUUUACUGAAAAAAAUGAAAUGCUUAAUGCUCCUGCAUCUGCUGAGUCCAAGGAGGAACCUACAAGGAGAAACAAUAAGAUGCAUCAAAACCAGAUUCAAAAUGCCACUCUGAAUUCCUUCCGCAAAAUGGCAUUUAGUAAAGAAACUGAUUCUUUAGGGUUUGAUCUGGAACAAUUAUAUUUCAGUAGGAAUAGUGACAAAUCAAAGAAGUUAAAGUUCUUGAAAUGUUGGAUGCGGCAGAUUGUGAAGUCCAAUUCAGAUUGCCAAUUUAUUUGGGAUGAUCUGACUGAGCAUUUGGACACAAAAGAAGACUCACAAAUAAGAACUGCAGUCUCAGACUCACAAAUUAGAACUGCAGCCUCACAAGAUGAGCCGGAACCAGAUGUCAUACCUUCCUCCAUGGAUGAUGCAUAUCCAAGUGGUUCACCAAAUAAUGAUAUGGCAAUGCUUCAACACAUGGAAGAUACAGAUGCUUUCCUAAGAGGCAUUCCUCAGAAGAUUCAGCAAGGCUUAUGUUCACAGGAUGCAGAUUUAGGGAUGCUAGCUGAGCGCAUAGUUGAUUUGUGCAUUAGAGCCCUUGAUAUGCAAUUCAAUGAGAAUACUAAGAAUUUGUUCUCUGAUGAAGCUGGUGAUGCUUCUUAUGGGAAGAUCGCCAAUGAGCUUUCUCAUCUUCUGUUAAUGAAGCCAAAGGAUUUAACCUUGAAGUAUAAGGUCAUGAAUUCUGCCAAUAAUGCAUCACAAAAUGCAGUGUCUGAUCUAUACACCAGAGAGUAUAAAAUUCGAGAACAUGAGUUGCAGAUCUUACUUAGAAUGGAAUUACUUUGUUCAAUUGUUGCACCAAACAUUGAGGAGGACGCGAAGCAGAAGAUGAUCAAAGAAAUAUGCUCCCUUUUACAGUUCAUCGACAUCAAUCUACAGGGGGAAUCCUUUGGUUAUCAGCACAUUGUUGAUUAUACAGAAAGAACUAUCAAACAGAGGUACUCCCAUUGCUUAGGAGAAAUCAUUUGCAAAAUCUACAAUCAAAUGGAAUUUAACUUGUUUGAUGAUGAAGUUGAAGCUUCUGACUCAUUACCCAGCAGCAACAAUGAAGAGUUCAAGAGGCUGAACGAGCAUACAGUCGGAGCUACCGGCUUUGGAAUGCAGCAAGAAGAAAUGCAAAAUAAGCAACAGCGAAGGCUAAUAAAAGCACAAGAACUAAGAGAUAGGGAAAGAAGGCUGUCAUCGUUCACAAGCUUUAUUCCAGACUUGAAGAAGGUUUGGGCACCUAAACGGCUAAAAGCAGAAAGGUUGACGCAUGAUUCACAAACAAAGCUAUCGAAAAGGAGACGACGUGUUUCCACCAGUGACAGAGUUUGUGAGACUCCAAUGACAGGACUGAAAAAUCAUUCACGAGUGCAAGCUGAUGGCUCUAGCUGCCAAGUUAGCAAUUCCAAGCCAUUCUCCAAAGCCUUGUUUCAUCAUGACAGUGAACUUAACAGCGACGCUGCUCUCUGACUUUACUGUCAGUGCCCUCUUUGAGGGUAAAUCUCUUGUGAGUUUCUUAGAUGUUUGUCGAUUCUUUUGUUCUUUAUACGAGGAGAAUACUUGUGACUUGAGGCGUGGGAGUUUGUAUAAAUUUCUUGUAUAAUCAGAACAGAAUCGGAACACUUUAUUGACAUGUAAUAGUGAUCAUUGCUGAAGCCUCAAUAAUACAAUUUUUCAUGGA